UCAUGAUGUAAGUCUUUCUGUCUUUCUCUGUCUCAGGUGAUAAAAUGUCCUGCAAGAGGUCAGCCAUCAUCAACAUCUCCACGAGCAUGUCAUCCAUAGAGAAAUGUCCAGAAACCUUUGCUAUAGACCAGAGAUACCCUUAUAGGGCCAGCAAGGCAGCACUGAACAUGCUGACUCGCUGUCAAGCUGAGGACUUCAAGAGUUACAACAUACUGGUGACAGCAAUCCACCCUGGCUGGGUCCGAACUGAGAUGGGAGGAGAGGAGGCUCCUAUGACCACCAAGGAAAGCGCACUUGCCAUGCUCAGUGUGAUGUCAUCACUCAGCAACAAAGACACUGGGAUGCUCCUGAACUGGCAGGGUGUCAGAAUGCCCUGGUAGCAGUCACUCUGUCACCCACACCAGGCCUACCACACCCAUUGUUAUUGCAUAUAAAUAACAAAGACAGUAAGAAAGUAACUGUUUCAUUUACAAAUGCUUGCACACAGCAAGCCAGAAAUGAAAACCUAAUGUUCAAAAUCUUAAAUAUAGUAUAAAGCCUCUAUGUUUGCAACAACAGCAGCUUGAAAGCUAAACUGAAAGAGCUGAAAAGCUUUUUUGAUUGACCAGAUCUUUGAAACAUUGAGAAACAGCUGAUUUAAGUUGUGUUGCAGUAAAUCCACCAACUCCUGCUGAUUCAAAUGUCAAUCAGAGACACACCCAUGUUUUGAAGUUCUUUUAAUUGCAUGGACUUAAAGUACACAGUAAUGGUAAACCGUUUUUUGAUCGAUUUUGUCCAGUAUGGAUACAGAGGAACGCAGAAAACAUAUAGAUUAGAACAACACUGUACAUUUUUGUGUUUUCCCUUCCGUGUCUUUUUUACUGUAUUUGUGUAUUUCAUUUACACAUGCAGAACCAAAGGCCUGGCACUGGCAGUAAUUUCAUGUUGCUAAUAAAGCUUUUGCUGCAACUA